AUGGCAAGGGAUUGCAGAAGGAAAGUACAACCCUGUAAAUCAAAGUCUUUGGCUGAGACAUCACCACAUUUCUUCAAGGUUAUCCUUCCCUCUACACUUGAAGAGAAGAAACUGGGGAUUCCAGAAAGGUUUGCCAAAAAGUUUGGGGAUGAACUUUCUUCUGUCGCGAUGCUCGCCAUUCCUGAUGGACAUGUUUGGCCAGUGGGAUUGACAAGAGAAGGGAGUAAAUUUUGGUUCCAGGAUGGUUGGAAUGAUUUUGUACAGAAUAAUUCAAUCUGUGCUGGAUACUUCUUGGUUUUCAAAUAUGCAAAGAAAUCAAUUUUCCAGGUUUUAAUUUUUGACAAGACAGCUUGUGAGAUUCACUAUCCAUAUAAUGCACCUGCCCAGAUCUCAGCCCUCCAGGAUGGAAUACAAAAUAAGCCAGAAAGCAAGAAGAGCAAAAUAGAAGACAUGCCACAGAAAGGUGAUGAGUUUUUGCAUUUAUUUGAAGAAAGUGGAAUCUACAUUACUGGAAAACAUAAACUUCUUUCAAAAGAAGAGAAAGAAAAAGCCAUCAACAUUGCUAGAUUCUUUAAACCAAAACAUCCCGCAUUUAUGGUUUUCUUGCGAGCUCCUAAAAUUAUUCAUCCGACUGUGCCUGCUAAAUUUGUCAACAAGUACUAUAGAGAAAAUGCUAAGUUCAUCAAAGUACAAUCUUCUGAUGGAAGAGAGUGGCUUCUCAACAACACAGGGAUAUAUCGUGGGCAACUUCGUUUAGGAAAUGGAUGGGCUAGGUUUUCAAAUGAGAUGAAUUUGAAGGCAGGAGAUAUCUGUGUGUUUGAGCUUAUGAGGGAGAAGGACUUUGUUCUGAAAGCCUCAAUUUUUAAGAUUUGA